GCGAGAUUGAUCAUUCAUUUCUCUAUUACUUUUGGCAGAGAGAGAGAGAGAGAGAGAGAGAUGGUUGAUGAGCAAGAGAGGUUGCUUCCAAUCGCAAACGUGGGUCGGAUCAUGAAGCUAAUCCUUCCACCAAGUGCAAAGAUCUCCAAGGAAGCCAAACAAACCAUCCAAGAGUGUGCCAGUGAGUUCGUGAGCUUUGUGACAGGUGAGGCGUCCGACAAGUGUCACAAGGAGAACCGCAAGACCGUGAAUGGGGACGACAUCUGUUGGGCUCUGAGUUCUCUAGGGUUUGACGACUAUGCUGAGGCAAUUGUCAGGUAUUUGCACAAGUACAGGGAACACGAAAGUGAGAGAGCCAAUCAUAAGCAGCAAACUAGUAAAGCCAGAGAUGUUACUGGUCAGCAUGACCAUGAAGACAAAGAAGAAGGUGACGAUGAUGAAGGAUUGUGCCUCACGGAUAGUCCAAGAGGAAAGGGUAUUACUUCAACUCGUCACAGGCAUCCUGCCCCGUUAGAGUUCAGAAUCAUUGACAGGAACGAGACCUCUCCAUUUUGAUCAAUCAACGUUUCAUUCAGGAAAAAAGCAUCAUGUGGGUAAGAUCUCACAUCUCAUGUCUUUAAACGGGCGACGACGCAAUGAAGUGGAUCGAGAAGGAAUUGAGAAGAGCGUUGUGUAAUCGCAUGUAAAUGAUCAGCUGUUUAUGUUACAUACUGUCUGAACUUGGUGUGUUCCCAGGGUAAUAAACCAGCUUGUAUCCCUUGCUUCUUAAACUGCUGGCUC